AUGUACGAUAAGAAAUACAAGUCUACUUUUACAAGCAGAAUCAUGCAAAUCAAAGAUCCAGACGAAAAAUAUAUGCAGAUUGAUAAUUAUGCUCAAAAACAGGCUAAGUUAUGGCUUGAGGGCUUUAUAAAAGAGAAUAUUAAAUGGUGUGCUUUCAAGAUGAUGAUAUCCCAUGGGAUUGCUUAUAAACAUUCUUACAGAAGUGCAAUCAAAAAACUACGAGAUAUUCAUGGUAAAUAA